AUGGUGUCCAAGCAGUCGGCCGAGUGGGCGGUCCUAAUCAUUACAUUCAUUUUUGCCAGCAUUGCCAUUUUCCUUCGUUUGCACAGUCGUCACUUGACAAAGGCAUAUUUCUGGUGGGACGAUGCAUUUGCCAUUUGCUGUUAUGUUGUCGCUAUAGCCUGGCUCAUCAUAUGUCCAAUAUGGCUGAGCAAAGGCUUGGGCGUGCACAUUGAGGAGGUGACAUGGCUCACCCAGGCCGAAACGUUGUACUGGAACAAAUUGUUGCUCUACAUUGCCGAGCUCUUUUACGCCUUUGCCUUGUUCUUUGGCAAGAUGUCGAUUCUCUGCUUUUACUGGCGCCUCUUUUCCGUCACCGACAUCAAGAUUCCCAUCAUUGUGCUCAUGGCUUGUUCCAUCAUUUGGAUCACUAUUAGAACCUUCCUUGGUAUCUUCCACUGCACGCCCGUCCAGGCCUUCUGGCUCGAUAUUCCCGGCUCCUACUGCGCCAUCAACGACAAGCAGUUCUUCUUUGGCAGUAUCUUGGCCCACGUGUGUCUCGACAUCGCCAUCCUGGCACUCCCCAUCAUUCAGGUCCGCAAGCUGCACUUGCCCAAGCUGCAGAGGGUUGGUAUUAUUGCCAUGUUCAUGUUUGGUAUCUUCAUUUGUGUCGCUGCCGUCGGUAUUAUCAUCACUUCCGUGAACUUUGAUGCUGCGAGCAUCGAUCUCUCAUGGAACAUUACCGAUAUUGUAAUCUGGGCCACCGUUGAGGUCAACUUGGUCACGGUUUCUUCCUGUCUCCCAACUGUGCGCCCGGCCUUUACCUUCUUCUUUGGCCGCUUCCUGCCCCGAUCGACGCUGCGGUCCGGCUCCAACACGUACGGCCUCAGCAACAAGCCCGGCCACCACCAAAAGUCAAUGAAGCUCUCGACCAUGCCGGGCAAGCGGGGAUCCGACCAGGACGAGGACAGCUCGACCUACCAGCUGGCCGACUCGGUGCACGGCGGCGACAGCCACAGCGACUUUGAGGCCCACGCCCUCGACCGCCACAAGGGCACCCGCACCAUCAUCACGGGCGUGCACCGCGACGGCGGUCGCAGCUCCAGCGACGACGAGGGCGGCGCCGCCCGCAGCCCCAACAUUGGCGGCAACGGCAACGGCAUCACCGUCACCAGCGAGACCAUGGUCCGCGUUACCAACGUCCCCGGCGGCAACACCGGCACCAACCGGGUCUCCAGCCCCGACUACACUUCUCGGUCUCCCCUCGAUGAGAGGUCUUUGCCGUGA